AUGCGCGCACAGCCAACAUAUAAUGAAAAUACAAACAACAUUAGCGACAAACACAACACAAAGCCAUUCCAUUCAAAAAUAUUAUCAAGAAAGGGAAGAGGGCUGGAGGAUGAUAAGUGGAUUGGAUCUGCAGUAAUGGAGAACGUGGAAGUGCUAAUUUUGGACGAAAAUCAAUUAAGCACGCUGCCAAACGGAGUGCUAGCUCGAUGUUUUCCAAAGCUGAAGGUGCUGAGCAUGAAGAACUGCAGCGUGGGAAAGCUGAGUAUUGAAGCGCUCUCGCACCCAGUGCUUGAAGUACUUGAUUUGCAAGGAAGCAAGAAUCUGACUCGGCUGUCUGUGUGGGAGGAGGAGAGCAAAGACGUCUCUCUGGUUGGGCUGCCCUCUCUGCAAAUACUGAAUUUACUUGACACAAAUGUUUCCAUGCUGGACCCUAUGUGGUUCAACUACAUGCCAAACUUGCUCUGGCUCCACAUGCACUGCGAGAAUAUAUGCGGUGGGUGCGGCUUUGGAUUUUUAGGGGUACUUGACGUUCUUCAGUGUUUGAAAUUUACUGGUAUAACUACAGGGGCAUGCCUCUCAUGCAAAACAGAGAACCAUUCAGCAGGAUUUUCCACUGCAAUUAAGUUCUCAAUAUAUAACAUGGUGUGCAAUAUGUCCUCUCUGGUUACCCUAGACCUUUCUGGAAGAAACAUGAACAUUGACUACUUUAUUUUCCAUGCACCUUUGCCCUACUUAGAGGGCCUUCGGAUGCAGGGAAAGCUAAUGCGGGACAUGAGCUUGCGGGAUUGGCCAGGCAUUAUAAAAACAAUUAAGCAUCUAUCACUAGGAGUUAUUGAUGACUCAGAGGAGCAGAGUGUCCAGAAAACACAGGGAGAGGCCACGUUCUACGCAGAGAAAAUUCUGGAGGCCUCAAAUUUGGAAAGCCUUUCCUUUGACUGCGAGACAGUUCGAAGAAUUAAGUUUUCUUUGGGAACCAGAAAAGUUGUGUUUCCGUAUCUUCGGCACCUCACGAUUAAAAACUGCGACCUGCGCCCUCUUACCUUUUUUAACAAAGAGAACGCACCAGCUCUUGACAGCCUAGAGAUAAUUAGCUGUUCUUUCACAGAGGGGUAUUUCUACACAAUUAAAAAGCGGCUGGGGAACAGGCUAAGAAGCCUCCGCAUUGGAAUCGAAAAAAUGGAUGCGCCUCAGGCAAUAUAUGAUCUGUUUACUUUCAUCAGAAGCCACAAAAACCUGGAAAUUCUUCAUUUAUCUGUGUGCGACACAAUAACAGAGUCUCAGAGCUUCUAUAAGUACUUUAGCGACCAGCCCUCGCUAAAGGAGCUCUAUGUCAUUGGUAAGAUGAGUAUCCAGCGCAUGAAGAGGUUUUUGUAUCAGCUUGGGCGCUGCAGCUCUCUUACAACACUUCUUUUGGACAUAGAAGACCCGUGUCUUGUUCUAUCAUAUUUCUAUCCAAUUCGCAGCUUGCACUUUCUUUCUUUGAAAGGAACCUUUAAGAACCACUCAAACUUCUUUGUAAACCAAAGCACAACACAGGAUGACUUUGCAAAGAUCUCUGAAAUGGGGCUGCUGCAGGUCCUUGAUGUAUCAUACUGCGGGCUUACGAAGUUUCCGGCGUCUAUUCUGCCGCACUUGAUGUCGCUGCGAUAUUUGUACUUGAACAACAACCAUCUUCAUGAUAUGUCAGAAAGCAUGCUCUCCUACCUGGCGUCGAUAAAAGAAGAGCCUCUUUUUAUUGAUAUAUCCAACAACCCAACCGAUAUAAACAAGAUAGAACAAACUAUAUGCAACAACACUUGGCUUGGAGUAUCUGGGUAUGUUUUAUACUGA